GCCACAGUGUACUCAUUUGACUUCCUGUCAAAUGUGUUACAUGAUAAACAUUUUUUACUUCACCACUUGACUGAAUACUUUAUCAAUAACUACUUUAUUUUUUAUCAAAUAGACACGUUAAUAGGUUUUUUCAACUUGCAAAAUGUGACACGAAUCCUAAUGCUCAGAAAAUUAAGGUUAAGUUUGUUGGCAAGGUAAACAAAUCAUUAGAAAAAUGGAAAAAUUAUGUGAACAUACCAACGACACCAGUUUUUUAUUUGACGAUGAAAACACUAAAUACAAAACGUGUACCAAAUGCUCAAAUGGCACAGUCUUGCCAAAUGAAUCAGUUGACGAUGGAGUGAUUAAAUUUAAAAUAAAUGGAUUACAUCCAGCACUAACAGACUCGACUGAUUUUGACCAAAGAUUGCUUACCUCUGAUGAUAAUAUGGAAAACUUUGAGGACUCCCCAUUGUUAAUAAAUGACUGCUACAGAGGACCAAUAGUUGACUACCAUUGUCACGACAUAUUAACACUUCGUGACGAUCGUAAAGCUUGGAAAAAGCUUGUUGCCGCAACAUGUUUAUGCUUUAUUUUCAUGGUUGCUGAAAUUGUUGGUGGCUACUUGGCAGGGAGUUUGGCUGUGAUGACUGAUGCUGCGCAUUUAUUUUCCGAUUUUGUCGGAUUCAACAUAUCCCUCCUAGCCAUUUGGAUUGGGAAGAAGUCCGCAACGAAGCUGAUGACCUUUGGGUAUCAUCGUGCCGAAGUUCUUGGCGCGUUGAUUAGUGUUAUUACUGUUUGGUUAUUGGCCGUCCUCUUUGCUGGGCUGGCAGUACGACGACUCGUUAUUAAGGAGUAUGACAUUGAUGCUGACACUAUGAUUAUCGUGGCUUCGAUUGGACUAGCUAUCAAUAUUGGAAUGGGCGCUGUGCUGCACGGCGUGUGCCAUACGCACAGCCACGGCAUGUCAACCCCGUCGCAUUCCCACACCUCGAAUGAGAACAUAAACGUUCGCGCCGCCGCCGCCCACGUUCUCGGCGACAUGCUGCAGAGUGUGGGAGUACUGAUCGCCGCGAUCAUCAUCAAGCUGAAUCCAGACGCGAAGAUCGCGGAUCCCAUUUGCACGUUGAUAUUCUCGAUCAUUGUGAUAUUCACCACCGGCAAGGUGGCCAAGGACUCCGUAUGGUACUUGAUGGAAGGCAGUCCAGUCAACACAGCUGACAUGAUGGUCAAGCUGAAGGCGUUGCCUGAAGUCAAGCAUGUCCACAGUUUGCACGUGUGGUCACUCUCGCCGGCCAAGGAUGCGGUUGCUGUCCAUUUGGCAGUAGGUCCAUUCUGUGAUAGAGACGUUGUUCUCGAAAAAGCCUCUUCAGUAAUUAAAAGCCAAACUAACGUUGUAAGUUGUACCAUACAAGUUGAAAACUACAAUCAUGACCAGAUCAACAGAUGUUCCAAGUGUCUCUCUGUGGAGUGCUGACAAUCUUCUCAAAAUUUAUUGUAAUUCUCUUAGACAAUAUAGGUGCCACAUUUUAAAUCUCCAAGUAUACAUAUACAAGAUCUUUUGACAUAUCAGUCAAUAAUGAGAGCAUUCUUUUACAUAUUUAUACAUAUCCCAAUAUAUUAAUUCUUAUAUUGGAUUCCGUUAACUAGUAUUUUACAAAAAAAAUGUUCAAUAUGUAGAAUUGCACAAAAUUAUAAAAGGAUGUCUAGUUUUAGUUAUCUAUAAUAUGUCAAAGAAAGUUUCUUGUAACAUUCACUAUUUGAAACUUAUUCAACUCUAGUUCCUGUACAAAGUUUAUUUGUUGAUCUUUAAGAUACUACUCUACAAUACCAAAAGAUUUAACGUGAAGAGUUUAAAUCCAAUAAUGUAUGCAAAAACGUAAAAUAGCAGUGUUCAUAACAUUGGAAUCUGCUCUUAAGACAUUUUUACAAUAGAUUUAAUAUUUAUUAUCUGAUAUACUAAUUUGGAUUUGUAUUCACCAUAUCCACCCAUACAGUAUUAUAUUAACUAUUUUUUUUCACAUCUAUGGGUUUUUUUAACUUUUAUAAAAUUUUAAGUUGGUUAAAAUGGGACAUAUAGCACAGAGUGGAGUUAAAAUUAUAGUUUAGAAAAGAUUCACAUGAUAUAGUCACGUAUUUAUAUGCAAAUUGAUUGUUGUUUGUGUCUUUUAAAAUUUGGUUAUAUUUGCCUGACUAUAUUUAUGUCCACCAUCUCAGUACUAUUCCCAUUUUCUCACUGAAGUUUAUUUUCAACCACAGAUAAAAUUGUUAGAUCAUAUACAUAUAUUAUUAUGUACCUGGAAAUUAUCUUUUAUCAUAUAUAUCCAACGUUUUCGUAAGGUGGAUUCAUCUCUCCAUUAUAUUUAUUUAACGAUGCUUUUUCUGGCAAUUUUGCUUCUUUGUUUUCUUUUUAUUAUUCUGACGUAUAAAUAUAUUAAAUUAAAAAUUACCUUCAAAAUUUACAUAAAUAAGAAAAAUGACUGUUCUUAAAAAUUAUAUUUUGCCUCAUUCAUAUUGUGUUUCCUUCUUUUGUUAUUGGCAGUUUUUCUGACAGAGUAUCAAUAAGGGAACAUUGGAUUGUGUAAGGAGAAAAAAUAAGUGUACUUGCUUAUUUUCUUUAUGGAACCCACUACUUCACUUUUUGAUACAGUGUCAGAUAAUACUAGAGGACAUUUGAGAUGAGUUAUUUUAUAACACUAUUUUUCCUUGAUUCAGGUUAAACUUUCUCUCAGUAUUUGAUAGCUUUUUUCCGACAGAAUAUCAUGAAGUGUAUAAAGAAAAACAAAAAUUUUAUGUUCACAGAAGAUAUUAGACAACAAGUAGAUUUACAAAGAGAAAUUGAACAGAAUGGCAACAAAAAUAAGUAUUGUUUUGAUUUUAAUUUAUGUGCAAUUUCUCACUGUGUGGUAGUUACCACCUGUCUUCUUCAUAAAUCAAAUAUAGGGUUACAAGAAAUUAAUUUUUAUUAUUAUAGGACUUAAUUUUAAAAUUUAAAUUAAUCAAAUUGUCAUUUUAUUAAAAACUAAAACAAUAGUAACAUCUGAAAAAAACGUUGGACAUGUAAGAUUUAUAUAUUAAAAGAAAAGUUGAUACACGUCCUCUAAUGUAAAAUAAUGCCCUGCACUCUGCUCAGUUAAUUGUAAAAAUAUUUGUUAUUACAUUAUUUGUUUAUUUUUGUUAAAUAGGUUAGGCUAUGGAAAGAAUAUUUUAUCAAUAAUUUGUAUUUGAUAUAUUUAAAAAUUUGUUGUGAUAAUUUGUACAAUACUGAAUAUGUAAUAAAGUAUGUAAUAUAAAGACUA